UAGUGAUGAAGCUGGAAUCGACUUGUGCCGGUUUCAAUGUCUUUGGAAGAGGAACGGGUUGUCGCCAUCAAAGGCAUUAACUGUGGUGAAUCGAAGAAGAUGAGGUGGUCCAGAGAGCAACAUAAAAUACUUGGUGAGCAUUUCAGCUCACGUGAUAUGCACGUGGAAACCCCUAGUUUAAAAUGUGGAUGAACCCAUCCGGAAUUUGCAGUCAAAAAUGCACGCGUUUAUUUUCUCCGGCAUCAGCGUUCUUUGCGGCAUUUCGUCGAGCACCUUGCCAGCGUUGCCAAGAUCAGAAAUUUUCGGCAGAGGUCUCAUUGAAAUUGGCAGAGAUUGCAGAUGUGGCUGUAAUAGGCAUACACCAGCCUUCCUGCUCAAACAUAAGAUCAGAAGGAAAUAGAAGAGAUCACCCUCAAAGGGACAUUUCUUUGAAUAAAACUGAGAAAACUAGAAAACUAAAGGAUCUUUCUAUAUCGGAGAAUGGCACACAAAGAUCCUCUAAUCAGGAUGAGAUCAUUGCACUACUCAAAAGGAUACAAGUUUCUAUCUCAAGAGGACAAUCUACUUCUUCUAGAAGGACAAAUCAAAAUAUUUCAAGACAGAAGAAACCAGCCAAGUCACUGUUGAGAACUCUUCGACGACAUCCAAGGAAAAAGCAAACAAAAGGUUAAAGCAAAGACGACGGAUUCUAGCCAUUAUUGGAUUAUUGUAUGCCCAAUUUUUCUUAUUCAUC